AUGGCCAAGGUGGACCUGCUGAUGGACAGCCACAUCAAGCCCUGCAGGGAUUUCUACCGACACGUGUGCCGUCACUGGAUCGACAGGCCGGCAGACCAGCCGCCGACCUCGUUCAUGAUCGACAUGGCGAGCAACUACACGAAAAUCUGGCACCGGAAGCUCACGCAGGACCACAUCGUGGGUGACUACGUGCCAUUGAAGCAGGACGCCUCGCACUUCUACCGCUCCUGCCUCGUCUUCCACGAGACGCCGAUCGACGUCGGUGCCGCCACUGAGGAACUCUUCAAUGCUCUUGACCUAACCUUGACGAACUGGUUCAAGGAAAAGAGUCCGGAAAACUUCUUUCGCGAUAUCAUACGGCUCUCUUUGGUGAACCGUUUCCACACGCUGGUCAGCACGACGCCCAUCGUCACCGACUCGGACAAGACUCUGCUGAUCCGCCGAGAGUCGCCCUUCCACCUUCUCGUCAACCCCAUCUACGAGCGCCAUCUGGAACAGUACGCCAGCGGCGUCCUCAGGGCGAUCGGCAAGAAAUACGCCAGCGACGCGGUCAUUGACGAAGUCCUGAAGCUAGACCUCAAGAGAGCCCGCAUGGUCGUCGAGGACAGCAGAACAGAACGAAGUCUUGAAGACGCCGGCUGUCAGGGCUUCCCGGCGACCAUGUGGAGGCGAGCGCUCCAGAAGGUCCUCUCUGCGAAAGAACAACAGGUCGACGUAAAGAUCGAGGCCGCGGACACCAUCUGCGAGGACCUGAACGCCGUACUCGUUCGCACCAACAGCUCGGCGCGACCUCUGUACGUCCUGGCGCUCCUGGCGGUUCCCGUGGUCACUUACGACUACGAGCUGUCAGGGGAUCGAGACCCGGUCCUUGUCAAGGGCGUCUGCUACCAUGCCACGGGAGUCGCGUUCGAGGACGUCUGGUUGCAGCUGCUGAGCAGCUUCCUCGACGUGAGUAACCGCAUCGAAAAGGCAGUCGACGCCUACAUGGACCUCGUCAAGUUGCGCAUGAACGACCACCUCCGAGACAGGAGCUGGAUGAGCGAACGCGACCGCAGCGCCGCGCUCGGGAGGCUCUCGAAGGUGCGGUUGUCGCGCUUCCGCGGAGCCGGGUUGACCGUGAGGGCUGUGAUGUGCAAUUCCGACAAGUACAGCAUGACCGCUAACUUCACCACGAACCUGGUGGCGCUGCGCUCCCGCGACAUUCAGAAGUGCCUCUUUUACCCGGAGUUCAGCGGCAACGACGCCCACGUCAUCAAAAUCCUGGCCGGUACGGAUCUGAUCGUGGACCCGGAGACCCUGACGGUGUACGUGCCGGUGUCCUUCACGAUUCCCCCCAUGUACCACCGGCAAGUCGACAGCGACAAGUUUGUCAACAUGGCCUUGAUGGGCGUCCAGCUCGCGCGCAAGGUCAUGUCCCUUCUGGGCCGAAAGAGCUUCAACCCGCAGGCCGCGGUCGACAACGAGACGACGGCGCCCAACACUGCUAAAUCCGACGGCUGGAGCCCGGGCACGCUGAACAACUACACGGCGAUCCAGACGUGCUACGCGGGCGCCGCGGCCUCGUACCACAGGCGCCUCGACGACUCCCAGUUCGACGACGCGUUCGCCGUCGUGGACGCCAUGCGGCUGGCGUACGCCGGCAAGCGCGAGUACGACGUCGACGUGGUCCGCAGGAACGAGAAGCGAGUGACGGACUCGAACGCGGCGUUCUUCAAGCUCGCCUGCCUCUCGCUCUGCACGUCUCGCGACGUCGUCCCGGACGCCAACACGAUGGACUUCGAGGCGUCCUACGCGGCUUGCCUGUUCGGCGUCACCGCCUUGCCGCAGUUCGCCCAGGCCUUUCAAUGCCAUCGCGAAGACCGCAUGUGGAGCAUAAACCGAUGCUGUGUCGACUAGACAAUAAGACCCUCCCAAAGCCCGUUUCUUUUUCUUUCUUUUCCAGGAGGUGUCGGUACUCUCGUCUUUUAGUGUUUUAAUCUAGACUUUCAUUAUAUAAAUGCUCACUCGAUUUAUUUCCUGUCUUCAUAUCUGUCCAGUCACGGAACAAGGAACAAAUGUAGGCACGCAGUCGAAAGCCUCUCUAACGAACGCCAUUACAACGAAGUGCCCUGUAUAACGAAUUAUUUCGCACGCCCCAAACACUUCGUUAUGAAGGUGUCUGACUCUAUCAUUAACGCACCGUGGUCAGGCGGUUAUUGUUCUCGACCGCUGACCCGUAGGUCACGGGAUCGAAUCCCGGUCGCGGCGGCCGUAUUUCGACGGAGGCGAAUGCUAGAGGCCCGUGUUCUUAGAUUCAACCCUCUCAUGCAUAAAUAAAUAUGGAGCGGCAGAAACAACCGUUUGGUUCAGAUAAUCACGAACAUACUAAAAAGCAGAAGAAAAUAAUUUUCGGCAUUUCUAAAACUU